AACCUUAUACUCAGUAUCAUUGGCCCCCCAUCCUACGACACCUUGAGGGGCAUUCUCUUGAACUGCAGCUCAACUUUGUUUGUGUGCACAUGGACUGCCAUCUAUCUGGACAUUCCAGGUAUGGACAAGGGGGUAGUUGCUACUACCUUUUGUCAUCUGCUCUUCAUGGUUAUUGUGUGGCUCACCCCUGAACUUGUGCUCACCUGGGCCUCAUACCAAUCUUCCUGUGCUCAAAUAUGUGAAACUGAUACCUUCACAGGAUGGAUGGUAAUGCAUGGGUUCUUCGCAUGUAUGGGUGGAUUUAUGCUCUACAUCGAUGGUGAGCCACAGGCCACUCUCACAUCUGAUGAACUCCUGUGGUUUGUUUGUGAGGGAUCUGUGAAGAUGCCUAUCAUCACAAAGGCAGACAUAGAAGACUGAAGCAAGAGUGAUGUACUAGCUAGAUGUGUUGCUAUUCUUUGGCUGGCAUGGUUCAUCAUCCAAUUUAUGGUCUGCUACCAAUGGGGCCUCCCAGUGACAUUGCUUGAAAUUGACACUCUGACUGUAAUUGUGCUGACCUUCCUUGUCUAUGGCUUGUGGUGGGAGAAGCUGAAGGACGUAUGAUAUCCUCAUAUUGUUCAUUGGAAUUCGGACAUAACUACUCCCCCACCAUGUGACAGCUUAACCCACAAGUACAUCAUUGUCAUCAAUUUUCCUGGCAGAACUUGCUCUGAUUGGCCAUUCUAUGUAGAAAAGGG